GAUCAUCAUGCCAGCAGUCACUUCAGGCAAAGUCCUCGUCACCGGGGCCAAUGGCUUCAUCGCUAUGUGGGUGGUGCGCACGUUGUUGCACGCGGGAUACUCUGUCCGUGGGACCGUGCGCUCCGAGGGCAAGGCGAAGCACCCCCGACAGGUGUUCGCCUCGUAUGGCAACAAACUGGAAAUUGUGAUCGUCGAGGACAUCACCAAGGAAGGAGCAUUCGACGAGGCUGUGAAGGGUGUCGAUGCAAUCGCGCACCUUGCGUCCCCCUUCCACUUCAAGUCCGAUGACCCGGACGAGCUCAUCGUGCCUGCGGUGAAGGGCACGACCCGCAUACUCGAGUCCGCGCUCGCGUACGGGACCACCGUGAAGCGCGUCGUCGUGACGUCCUCCGUCGCGUCCGUGAUGCAGCAACAAGACACGCCGCGCACCUUCUCCGAGCUCGACUGGAACGACGCCGCGGUCAACGAGGUGAGAGAGAAGGGGCGCGGGGCGAGCCCGGCCGCGAAGUAUCGCGCAAGCAAGACGCUUGCAGAGCGCGCGGCAUGGGAGUUUGUCGAGAAGGACAAGGGCGCCAUUGGGUGGGACCUCGUCGUGCUGAACCCACCGUACGUGUUUGGACCGGUUAUUCAAGAGGUCGGCGCGCCGGAGGCGCUGAACGGGAGCAUGCUCGACUGGUUUGAUAGCGUGCUCAAGGGGUCACUGGAUGCGAAGCAGCUUUCCACCAUAGGAUGGCCAUGGAUCGACGUGCGCGACUUGGCUAACGCACACUUGCUUGCUCUCCAAAAAGAAGCAGCAGGCGGCGAACGUAUCAUCGUAUCCGAGGGCGUGUCCAUGUGGCAGGAUUUCGUGAACGCAGCCCGCAAGUACGGCGCCAACAUAUCCGAGGGCGACACCUCUUACAACAUCAAGACGGCGACGCACCACGUCAUGUAUGACACAUCCAAAGCGGCCAGAUUGCUCGGGAUAAAGUAUCGCUCGAUCGAAGAGUCGACCAAGGAUAUUAUUGAUGAUUUUAGGGCCAGACAUUGGAUUUCGUGAGCGUACCUGUGGUGAAAUUUACGGAAUUCGAGCACAGCAGAAAUAGCUCAGUUUCUGACGGAGGCCAUGCUAGAUCGCGGAGCAUACGAAGACCAUUGGAAAGAAAUGCCACGGAAUGAAUCACA